AUGUCGAAUGCGACGGCAUUCCACUCCUAUUUCGCGAACGUCUCAGCAAACGUGCGCGGUUUGCUGGAAGUUGCAUCCCUGAACUCGAAAGAAGGUUGGAAGGCAACCGGCGACUCGGAGAAGUUAGCUUCAGACUUCCGGGAGCAGUCUUCAGCUCUUGCUUGGUCACCGUUUGCUGUGGAGGAUCUUCGGAGGCAAAGACUUGCGCUGCAGUGGCUGCCGGCCGUCUCACCUAGCAUGGCUUCGGCUGCGGAUUGCCGCAUCUCCUGGGGUGAGGUGCAGGCGCACUCGGCUUCCGCACACUCAGAAAGCCUGACUGCUUUGGUGACCUGGGCUUUGGCAUCACUUGGCGUGCUCGACAUGGGUGCAACUGGCUCCUUCCGUCAGCUGAGAGACGUUGGACUCCAGGAUCAUUUCUCGGAGCAUAUGGAUGCAAGCGGCGGUGCAGUGCUGGAUGUCUUCAGAUCAUCUUCCGCUGCGUUAGAGGCCCUCGUCCGAGUGGCUUUUGCUGCCAGGGACGGUGACAAAGAUGGGAAGCUGAAUCUUCAGGAGUUUGAAGUCGAGGCCAGCAAACAAACCGACGCUGCUCCCCUGCAGUUCUCCAAGCUAGAUGCUGACAAUGACAGUGCCCUUGCCGUUCGAGAGUUGCUCGUGGAGCAGUUGUUUCUUGACGGCUGGGUGGACUCAUUGAGACGAGGUUUUGAACUCGCCGAUGCCGACAAGGACGGUCGCUUAAGUGGCCUGGAGCUGGAGAGGGAGCAAGCAUGGCCGCUUCUUCACAUGAUGGAAGAGUACCCGACGUCUACACGUGCAAGAGUAUCUGAUGUCCGAGAGGCCAGGCGAAACUGUGCCGGUGUGAGAUCAGCGCAGUCAUCCACCACCCAGUUGGCGAGUGAACUCCGCAGUUGCGGUUACAUCCACGUGCAGCCCGGCUGGUUCGACCAGGGCUAUGUGUCCCGACUCCUGAAGGCUGCCCAAGACCUGCCGUGCCAAGACACACUAGCACCACCGCAUGGCCCGUUUGAGAAGUCCUUGCCUUUCGCCGCCCCACAAGCCCUGCUUUGGGACCUCUUGAAGGCGGCUGUCGCUCCGAGUACAUGCUGUGACCUGAUUUCCUUGUCCAUCCAAUGCCUUUCUUGCGCUGUCGAGUGGAACGAAACGGAGUUACUGUGGAGUGGUCCCAGCAUCAUCACGCCGAACCGCUACACAGUGCUGGUGGCUUUGCAAGCAGUGACAUCGCCAGUGAUAGGUUUUAUCCCGGAGAUGCAGCACGACCGGUUCGUGGCAGACGAGCGCAACAGUUUCUGCGCGGGCUCCAGAAGCUCAGAUGCGCCUCCUUCUUUCCGCACUAGAGAUGGAUAUGCUGCCCGAUUCUUGGCCGCCGGCACUGUGAUAGUUUAUGAUUGGAACUUGGUUCAGCGCCCCUUCUGUGUCAAAAACACGGCACGAUUUCUCCGGUAUGAUUUGGUGGCCGCAGCUCCAUCUGACCGGUUGAGCGGUUUGCGCCUCUUAGCCGGCGUGGAUCCCACUUCGAUUUCGGAACAUCACCGCCAAAUGGCGCUGCACGAGGUCAUGUUGGCAGAGAGCGUGAAGAGCAGUGAGCUUUAG